AUGUUGUUUUAGUCAAUGACCUUGAAGACACUUUCCGUUGUGAUUCCAACAUAGCGUGAUAUCUUCUUUCUGGCUACCAAAUACAUUAAUACUCACUCAUCCCUCGUUCUGUUUUCACUCGAGAUUGAGUUAACUUAGUUCUAAAACAAAUAUUAUUUACAUUCAUAGACUGAGAAAGUGAAUACAUUAUAUCUUACUGUGGAUUACAAUGCUGGGGAGAUCAUCGAUACGUUUGGAAUUACUAAGCAUCUAUAAUUGUGGAUUUAUUGUACCAGAUCAAAGUCGAACACGCAUCAUUUCGGGUGAACUUAAGUAAAGUCCCAUUAUUUAUUGUAAUUGUAAUAUUUAACUUGUAUAUAUUAAUAUUACUAUUAGUUAUUAAUUUUGUUGAUAUCUUUUGCGUUUAUAUAUUGUCUGGUCCGCCACAAUUAUUUGGUGAGGCUCGAUUAUUUUUUAUAGACAUUUACAGUAUAUAUCUACAUAAUUUACUAUUAUUAUCAAUUGGCACGACACCAGUUUUUUGUUUUUUUGACAUUAUGGACUCCCCUAAGAAACUUAUCGAUAUUAAUAACCCACCAACCAACUCCUUUUAUUCAUCACAGCCAGAAGAUAAUGUUUUAAAUUCAAUUAACACUAUUUCUGAACUAAGAUUACCGACAUACGGUGUUAAUAAUCCCAGGAUCUGGUUUGCACAGGUUGAGGCAUUAUUUUUGGCGAGGGGCAUACGUUCACAAGCGACUAAAUAUGCCCAUAUCGUCGGUGCACUACCUAUAGAUGUAGCAACGGAAGUCAGUGACCUGAUAGAUAACGUACCAGAAACAGACCCCUAUGACAAAAUAAAAGCCGCAGUGAUCCACCGUACUUCGCAGUCUGAUGAAAAACGCUUACAGCAACUACUCACUGCAUGCCAGUUAGGGGACAAAAGACCUUCUGUGAUGUUUAAAUAAAUCAGUGACUUCUUAGUAUUGAUAACUGUUGUAAUUUUGAAUUCCAAAUACAAUACAUUCGUUCGAGUUCAUCUGAUACUUCUUGAUUAAAUUGCGUUAUUCCUGGGAUUACUAGUUCAUACUACAAAUCAAAUACAUCUAAUUAUCAUAUUGGCGUCGCGACUGAGCCUGUGAUGGAAUGGUUAAAUAUAAAUUCAGAUUUUAAUGCUUUUGAGGAGUACAUGGAAAGGUUCGAAAUCUGGGCCAUGACCAAGGAAUACGGUGAAAAUUUUAAUACUGUGGCCCAUUUCCUUACAUUCAUUGGAAAAGAAGCAUACAGCCUUAUAAAGACUUUGGCACUUCCAGACAAACCAAUUUCACUCCCCUAUGCAACUCUCAAGCAACUUCUGUUGGAUCAUGUAAAGAAUACAAAUUCCGAAUGCGGUAAGAAAGGAAAAUCCGAUAAAAUGACUCGUCAGAACAUCAGGAAUUCCACUUAUUCAAACAGUCGUCGUAGUUCGAUGCGUAAUCAAAUUUAUUCAGAUAAUACUUCAUUGAGUUGUGAAACAGUCCAUGAUGAUGAGCACAAGUUUAGUAAAUGCAUGUUCUGCGGCAAGUUUCACCCAUGUAAUUCAUGUAUAUUUCGUAAUUCUAAAUGCUUUAAAUGUGGUAUAACUGGACAUAUUCAGUCAGUUUGUAAUACCAUGGUUCAUUUCGCUGAAAGUAAUGCUAAGAUGGAUGCUUCUAAUGAUCAGUUAUCUUUAUCUAGAAGAGGUAUAACGUUAUAUAACAGUCCAGAGUUGAAUGAAACCCAGAGUCAUUGGGAGGCGAAAAUUCUCAACCAAUCAACUUAUCAGAUUUCUCAUGUUAUUGUGCCAGAUAUGGUUUGUCGUAAUAAUUCACAUACUUCUGAUGUAAUUUCUUACAACUCUGAGAAUAGAAUGUUAAAUGAGUCAAAUCAUGAUCAAAAACCAAAUUCAGUCAUGGUAGAUGUUGAAUUCCCUGAUGAUCCAUUACCUAAUGAAACUCUUAAUCAAUUUGAGGAAAAUAUUUCAGAAGAAUCGAAUUCUGAUAUCAUAUCAAGUGUCAGUGGUCCUCAUAAUGAAUUUAUCUCUAAUGAUAUUCCUCAUGAAUGUGAAAAAUAUGUUUCUUAUGAGUUGAAUUCUAGUCAUAUUUCUGAUGUUAUUGUGUCAUAUGUUGGAUACUCUCACGAACAAUGCAUGUUGAAUAGAAUCCCUAGUCAGGGGUAUAAUGAUACAGAGGGUAUAGCAAAAUUUUCCGAAGCAACCAGAGAACCAGUUUGCCCAGAAGUGAAGUUUGCACAGACAGAGAAUCCAAAUCAAGUCCAAGAUUAUCCUAAUGAAUAUGAGGCAGAUGAAUGUUUUCUAUCCGAUUGUUUCGCAGAUAUCAAUGUAUAUCCAUCUGUGUAUUCUAAUAUGAAUAACAAAAAGAAUAUGUAUCAUGAUUUUUAUUCAAGUCAAAGUCACAUGAUGGAAUACCUCAAAUUAUAUAUCAGUGUUUAUUCCCAAAUACUCACAUACAGUAGUCGGUGCGUAAGAUUUGAGAUAAUGCAAAUUGGGAACGUCAUAUUGGCUAAAACAUUGCGAAUCAAGGACCCAACAUUAUUUCGUGGGGGAGGAUAUUGUUGGAAAGUCCAUGAUGCAAAUUCUAAAUAUCAAUGGUUUCACUACACAACCGACAUGCUGAUUGUAUACAAUUCUAGAACCCAGGUGAGUCUGUUCCAAUUUCCGUUGUUAAUUCUAAUACUAAUGAGUGCAUUCUAGAUAAUACAGAGUGUACAUUCAAUACACCAUCGGACAGAUGUAGGAUGAACUUAAGAAGAAGACAAACAAUCGAUUACAGACACACUUCAAUUCGAGCUGUGGCGGAUGUGAUGUUUAAAUAAAUCAAUGACUUCUUAGUAUUGAUGACUGUUGUAAUUUUGAAUUCCAAAUACAAUACAUUCGUUCGAGUUC